UUAUCAGUAAGUAACCUGAAAAAUCGCAGGAAAAAUAAAAUGUGUUCGCAAUACUUGGAUAAAUUUUAAUAUUUUACGAAUUGACGAAUUGUGUCUCCGUACUUACGUAUCGAACUCGAAUUGCGCUCAAUUUUUUCAAUUUUCAGUGCUUCGACAGUUGAAAAUAUGAACGAACAAAAAGGAGUGAAAAGAAAGAAGAAAAGUUUUCUACACAAAACUAUGAAAUUUUAUAAAAAAGGUAUUCACGGCAGAGGUGUUCGUAUCGACGAAGAAACGUUCGAAUACUUUGUGCACAUUUUAAAAGUUAUCAAUCAAAAUUUCGAAACGGAAGAUGAUAAAAGGGCGUUCGUGGAAAAUGUUUUCGAGCAAUUGGAAGGCAAUGAAAUCGAGUACUCGCGCAAUCAAGUUGUAUCCAGAAUCGUGGAUAAUUUACUACCGUUCGCCUCGGACGAGAGAGUGCGUCAAUUUAUGGAGGUUUUUGGUGAAAAUGUCAGGCCCGUGUGUACCGAUCCGUUUGCCAGUUUUGUUUUUCAAAAACUGAUGUCGGUAGUCACCCGGCGAUUUUUGGAUGAAGAAUCAGCAUCAACCACCGCCACCGCCACCGCCUCCACUGCCGCCGAAGAAACCCGCUCCAAAUAUAAACCUUGGCUCGUGAAAACUUUUAGUUACGUUCUAAACAAUGUGGAAGAGUUCGUGUUCGAUCAGUACGCCAAUCAUGUUAUGCGAACCGCCAUCAAAUGUAUGGCCGGAGACACCCAGCUGCGCGAAAAUGAAUCAAAUUUCGUCGUAGAUGACCAAGAUUUUCGAGCAAUUCUCGAUAAUUUUGCGAGUCGUUUACUCAAGUGGCCGCAAUUGUCGAAAUUACCAUUACAAAAUCUGUCUUCCGGAUUAGUACAAGUUCUACUCGAGUCGUUGUCGAAAUCGAAUUCGAAACUGGUCAAGCGUCUGUGUCGUAAAUUCCUCGGCGAAUGCUAUUCGCGCCAAGAAAAUGAUGGCGGCGACGACGACGACGACGGCGCGAAAGCUGUCGUACCGGCGUAUUUUGAAAAUGAACCUUGCAUCAGAUUAUUAGAAGCGAUGCUGAGCGUAGCGUCGGCCAAAACGUACGCCAAAAUUAACGUAAAAUGUUUCGCGAAAAGAAUAGCUUUGCUGGCGCAACAUAAAGAGGCUAAUUUCGCGGUUCAAAAAUUAAUCAAAUACUGCGCGGAAAAAGAACAAUUCGAAGCCAUUUUUGACGAAUUGGAGGGCUGUUUCGAAGAAAUCCUGGAUCGGGGAUACAGCGGCGUUAUACUCAAUUUAUGCGAAGCUUGCGUACGUCUCAAAACUAAGCAAUCCGUAUUCGUGCGUUUGUGGAUGGAUUGCCUGCACUGUAACGAGCCGAAGGAAGCGCAAAGUUGCGUUUUCAAGUUGACCGUAUUUCUGAAGAAACGCCAACAGUUUGACGAAGAAAAGCAUGUAAAUGUACAUUUGCACGGUUCGUUGUUGGUUCAAAACUUGUUGAAAUUUAAUAAACCUAUCAAAAUAAUAAAUAGUCUUCUGGAAGCGCGGUCGAGUUGCUUGGUCAACAUAUUCGGUAGUCCGAAAGGCAGUCGCAUAGCGGAUUCGUUUUUUCAAAGCCAAUUCGUCGGCGAAAAAAGCAAAGAUAAAUUCGCCAAAAUGUUUCAGGGUUGCUACACAUCGCUGGCCACCUCUAAGCACGGUUCCAGAGUGUUCGAUACCGUAUGGGCGGCUUCGAAUGUGAAAAAUCGCAUCGCCAUAGCGUCCGAAUUGUCGGAAAACGAGUCGAAGCUGUACGAGAGUCCGUUCGGCCGUCCCAUAAUUUAUAAAACGUCGUUAGCGCAAUUUCGCCAUAAUCGAGACGACUGGGUCCAGGCGCAAAAUCAGGGUGAUAAAGUGAAGAAGUUAUUUGCCGAAAUCACGUGACAUUUUUCACCGCCGCGCCCGCGCCCGCGCCCGCGCCCGUGUUACGAGUAUUACUACAUUUAUAUUCGUAGUUCUAAGUCGAUUCGUAUCUUAUUUUCAAUCACCGUCUCGUUUCGCAUCGUAAUGUCUAAUGUACUACAAGUUGACGGAACGAAUAACCACACACGCGAGAAGAGAUAAUAUACCUACCUACCUAUAUAAGUACCUAUUUUUAUACCUUGUGUUCCGAUUCUUGUUGUAAUAUAUUUUUCUAGACGAGAAAGUUGAA